AGGGCGGGAGGUUCUUGGGGUUAGUUCAUAUGCUCCUGCUUCUCCACGCUUUUUGCGGGAAUGGGGAGAGGAAGAUAGAAGUAACGUCCCGGCGAGGCGGGGCUCGCAGCGGGACUUUUCUCCCGGGAGAGGAGGUGGGGCCGGGGCAGCAGUGCUCCGAUCGUCCAGGGGCUGCUUCCCGAAGAGAGGUCUUCCCGGAGGCGAGAGGCAGCUAUGGGCUCUGUCACCUCGGCCCUGAGCCGGCCGCGGCGCACCCUGGUGCGGGUGGGCACCGGGACUUUCCCCUCAAGCCCCUGCCGGUCCCCGCUGGCCGCCGUGCUGAAGCUCCACGGAGAGGAGGAGGCGGUCCCGCUGGAGGGGCUCCCGGCUCCCCGCCGCAGCCCCGGUGCCCUUGCAAAUGAGACAGGUGUCAAACAUCCACAACCACUUUCACUAUUUUCCUUUCUCCUCUCCAAGGAGAUCCAAGGGGGGAGCAAGCAGCAGUGUGAUUUCAGUGGGAGCAUGGAAUUGGAGAAUACCAUUCCCAAACCACAACACAAAGACUUCAUGCUACAAUAUUGCUUGACAAGGUCUAAGUCACAAAACUGCUUGUGGAACACCCCUGUCGGUGGGUUGACCAACAACCUCAAGGAAAGGCCAAAGCCGACCAUCAUCAGUGACCCUAGACCUCCUGAUGAAAUCUUAGCAGAUGAACUACCACCAGUGGACAGUACUGAGGCGCUGGUGAAAACAUCUUUCAGAUUGCGGUCUUUGGUAAAGCAAUUAGAGAGAGGGGAAGCUUCGGUUGUAGACUUAAAGAAGAAUUUGGAAUAUGCUGCGACUGUUCUUGAGUCAGUAUACAUUGACGAAACUAGGCGUUUACUGGACACAGAAGAUGAACUCAGUGAUAUUCAGUCUGACUCUGUGCCCUCAGAGGUCCGUGACUGGUUGGCUUCUACCUUCACGCGGCAAAUGGGGAUGAUGCUCAAAAGGACAGAGGAAAAACCGCGGUUCAGGAGUAUUGUCCAUGCAGUGCAAGCUGGGAUAUUUGUAGAAAGAAUGUACAGACGGACUUCAAAUAUGGUUGGCUUGAGCUACCCACCAGCUGUAAUUGGAGUGCUAAAGAAUGUUGACAAGUGGUCCUUUGAUGUAUUUGCACUAAACGAUGCCAGUGGGGAUCAUGCACUGAAAUUCAUUUUCUAUGAACUUCUCACGCGCUAUGAUCUGAUCAACCGUUUCAAGAUUCCCAUUUCUGCCCUGGUGUCCUUUGUGGAAGCUCUGGAGGUUGGCUACAGCAAACACAAAAAUCCUUAUCACAACCUCAUGCACGCUGCAGAUGUGACACAGACAGUCCAUUACCUCCUUUUCAAGACAGGUGUAGUGCACUGGCUGACAGAGCUGGAGAUCUUCGCUAUGAUCUUUGCAGCUGCCAUACAUGACUAUGAACACACUGGAACCACUAACAACUUUCACAUCCAGACACGGUCAGACUCAGCCAUUCUAUAUAACGACCGGUCUGUGCUUGAAAAUCACCAUGUUAGUGCGGCGUAUCGUCUUUUGCAAGAUGAUGAAGAGAUGAAUAUUUUAUCUAAUCUCUCAAAGGAUGAUUGGAGAGAAUUCAGAGCUCUAGUGAUUGAGAUGGUGUUGGCCACUGAUAUGUCCUGUCACUUCCAGCAAAUCAAAGCUAUGAAGAAUGCUUUGCAGCAGCCAGAAGGAAUUGACAAGCCGAAAGCCUUAUCACUGUUGUUACAUACAGCAGAUAUCAGUCAUCCAGCCAAGGCUUGGGAUCUCCACCAUCGCUGGACAAUGUCUUUGCUAGAGGAGUUCUUCAGACAGGGUGACAAAGAAGCAGAACUAGGGCUGCCCUUCUCUCCCCUGUGUGAUCGCAAAUCUACUAUGGUUGCUCAGUCUCAAAUAGGUUUCAUUGAUUUCAUUGUGGAACCCACUUUUACUGUGCUGACUGACAUGACAGAGAAGAUUGUGACUCCACUCAUCAAUGAAGCUUCCCACUCUGGCAUGUCCGGAUUCAGGCGCUCCAGCCUAAAUAACAUUAGUCCCUCCGAAGUUAAAAGAUCAAGUGUCAAGAGCACUGGGUCCGAAGGAAGUGCCUCACUUAACUGCUCCAUACUCACUGUGGACUUCAAAUGUUUUAAAGCCACCUGGACUGAGGUGGUGCAGCAGAACAGGGAGAAAUGGAAAGCGCAAGCCACCAAAGAUGCAGAAGAAAAAACUAAGAAAGAAGCAGAGGAAAAUGCCUAUCAGGGAACAGAUGAAAAGGAAAGCAAAAAGGAUGAGAAGCCAGCUGAAGAUACCACAGCAACAAAUACAGAGAACAGCAAAGAACCAAAUCCUGGGGAAAGCAAAAGCACAGAUUGCAGUAAAAAUUCUGUAAAUGAGACUCAGCAAAGGGGCAUGAACAAACACAAAGCCUCUCAAGGGAAAAACAUACCUAGGACAGAUAAGGGAACAAACUCUCAUCACACAGUGAGAGAAGAGAAACAGCAUGUCCAGAAUGGUGAAUUAAGGGAAGACAAUAAGUUGGACAAAAGAGAUAAGUCCAGUGUGGGGGAUGAAUCAAAGAAAACAGAUGCCAUCAAACCUCAGCUGCAUCACCUCAGGAGGCCCACUCACAGCUCAGGAGACUAUUUCCCUGCCUUCCACAAGAAAUUGGAGGAACAUCAAGUGAGAUGUAAAGUGCUUGAUGAGAGGGAAAGGAUGAAGAAGAUUCAACAUAUUUCCCAGAGCUGGAAUAGGAAAUAGUAGAAGAGUUAAAGAGGCAUCUUGUGGAAUGAUGCUUCUCACAGGUAGAUGGAGGAUAUUGUGCAACCAUUGCACAGCCAUACUACACUGUACAGCAGCUGCAAUUUUGAAUAAAAGCAAGUGUAUGAUUUAACUAAACGAUAUAAUGGACAUUUUGUUAGAAAUGUUCUCAGUAGCCGUAUUAUUGCAGCAUAUGCCCACUUAGUACUAAAGUAUUGGGCUGCUAGUUUAAAAGAUGUAACUGUAUAUGGCUUGUCUCCUGUCAAAUUAAGCCAAUGCUUUCCUAGAUUAUUUGACUCCUUAUGGCGUUCUCAAUGCGACCUUCUGCCUACCACAGGUAAAACAAUAACUCUUACUUCAGACAGCAAGGGAAAAUUUUUUAUUGUCUAGCAGUACUGAGAAUAAAUGUUCUCCUGUCAUAGUGUGACCUAUCAGGAGGAUGCAGGUGGAAGGCUGGAGUACAAAAUCCUCUCCCUUCACUCACUGGAAAAAGAACACAUAGCACAGCAUUAAAAUUGUUCUUUGCUCAAACUCUGUUCAAUGUUAAAUAACACUGAUUGUUUUCUAUGGCAUUAAUUUAGUUGAGUUUGAUUUCAUGUGUUCUUUUGAUGCAUAGUGUCCCAUGGCUCUUGAGUUUCACAGCUGAACGUUACCCUUCUGAAAAAGUUGCUCUUGCUCCCAGAUUUUGCACUUUGAGAAACAGUGGCAAAUAGCUCUCUACCCUCUUUCUGGAAGCCCCUGGUGGUUUACAUACUACCUCAAUUGUCCCUUUCCAGUCCUUUUUUUACUCUCCUCAGAGGCAAACCUGCUCUACUUUAUAUCUUCCUUGCUGCUCUUCACUAUAUCUUUCUUUGUUUUAUUCUAAGGAGAGAACGAGUACUGCACGUGGCUCAAGUGUCAGGUACACCAGAAAUCUAUAAAAUAGUGUAAUGACACUUUCCGUUUCAUCUUCCAAGCUUUUCUGAAUAGAUUUUUAAGUUGUACUUUCAUUUUUGAACCUCCUUGAGGGCUGAGCAGUAGUUUCUGUAGAAUUACCUAUAAUAAAUACUAAUUAAUUUAUAGCUGAAACACACAUACAGAGUUGCGGAGUUGGGGUUUCCUCUCCCUGUAUGCCUCAUUCUGCACUUACCAACACUGAAUUGGUGGUUUUGCCAAUUACACUGAAGUAAGCUGCUGCUUCUUAUUUAUCUAUUUCUUCCCCACUUUACAUUCUUCAUUUCUGUUUCUUGCUUGCUUUCUUCUUUUACCAACACCUUUUCCAAAUCACAUCUUCUGGAUAAGUACAUUGAAUAGCAGAAACAAUAAUCCUCCUUUGCUAUGAAUCCUGCCCAUUUCAUAACAAUUUUUAAUUUAUUUCUGCAUUUUUAUUUUUCCCCCAUUGUUAACUAGUUGUUUACCUAUCUUAAGAUCAUAUGUUGCAAACUUCUUUCAAUCCAUGACAGCUCAGUAGCUUUGACAGUCUUUGGGUCAAGCCCUUGUCAAAACAGAGAACAGCAAAGCAUAUUGGCUCCUUCAAGGAGUGUCGAGGUUUGUGAAGCAAAAUUUCUCCUACAAAAACUUGGCUGAACACUCUCUGUCAUAAGUAUUCCUGCUAUGAGUAUCCCCGCUACCUACUAGUUCUAUUAUUUAUAUUUGUGAAAAAUUUGCUCACUGUGAAUUUGCAUUGUUAUACACUACAAGUUUGUAAUCAUGUCUAACACCAAAACUACACCAACUGGUGUAUCCACCAUUGCUGCAGGACAGUCACAUUGAAAUCAUGACUGGUUGUUGAAUGAAAAAAGCCAAGGUCUAUUUCCAGUGUUAUAGAUGCCCUUCACUGCAAUUCCAGGCACACUCAUCGCAAGGUCUCACACCUUUUCACAGUGUUUUGCUAGACAUCUUCACUGCCUGAGUACUCUGAUGUCACCAUGUUUCAGUUAUUUUCAUCUGUUGUACCCUGUGCUUCAUGUUUGUGAUAUUGACCUUCACCACCACCAGCACUUGUGACUCCAGCAGCGGGCUGGGUCACUGCCUAAACCAAAUGUGAAAAGGAAUGCACUUUAAAGCCUCUUGCUUAUGAAAUGUAUUUAUCUCCAGGAAUUUUCUGAGAACUGUAUUUUGCUUGUAGAAUACCCUAAGAUAUUUUACACAAAUUGGCUGUAUACUGCAUGUAUUACAUCCAUGUAUAUAUAUGAAUAUGUGCAAAAUUA